CGCGUGCCUUGCAUAAGAUGCGCGAGCGAGAUGUGCGCGGAAAUAGUGCGCGUACUUCGCAAGAACACUCCAGGCGUGUAAGACCAUGACAACGAUGGCCACAAGCUCAUCUCCAGCAGAUGGAGACCUGGUUGAAAUGAUACUUGAAGAUGAAGUGGUUUCUUUCAGCAAGGCUGUUUUAAUGCAGUCCAGUCCCUUCUUUCAAGAUACUUUCAAGGACGUAGAAGCAAAAAAGAAACGGGUAGUCGUCUCUGGAGUGAGGGGCCGGACGUUUAAAGAUCUCCUGGAGUAUAUGAAAUCCGGAAAGCUGGAAUUAUCUUGCAACAAUGUAGCAGAUAUAUUUCAUGCUGCCUGUAAGCUUCAAAUGCAAGAUAUCAUUCAUCAGUGCAUUGAGUUGGAAGCACGCUCAAGCGCAAUUGGGAGACAAAUUAUUUUAUACAAGACAGCAAAGCGCAUGAAUAAUGUGCAUGAGAAAAACUCUGCUUUCUACCACCUUGUUUCAAAUUUCGCACUCGUUGCACAGUCAGACGAGUUUCUGCAGCUUGACACUAGUGAUGUCUGUGAACUGCUAUCAUCUGAUGUCAUGGGCUGCAAAGGAGAACUCGACGUGUUCAACGCCGCCUGCCGUUGGUUAAACUAUAAGGUAGAUGAACGGAUGGAUCAGGCAGCACGGUUGAUGUACUGCGUGCGAUUCCCAUUGAUGAGUUUGAUGGAGCUUAGCCACUGUGUCGAAGCGAAGAUUCCACCUGGCCUUCAAGAUGUUCACAACGUUCGCGUCAUGAUCCUCAGUGCUGUGUGCUUCUGGGUUGCUAGAACUGCUGGAAAAGAAACGGAGGUUGGGCACCUAGCUCGCACGCCUCGCCACUAUAUGAGUGAAGUUCCUGGGGUGCCUGGAAAUAAAGAACUGGAAUCAUCGGAAGCUGCAGGUAAAGCGGAGCAGCCGUCACUAAUUUCUGUAACGCUGGAAGCGGCAAAGGCCCGAAUGCUGCCAACAACUCGAGCGUGCAUUGAGGAGCCUUGGGUUGCACAUCUACAGGAGUCAAGGCAGUUCUACAGGCCCGAGAAUGAGGCUGAACGAGUGACGAGCUUAUCAGUGCAGUCCUCAACUGCCGAGUCUACUAGCCCCGUGGACAGCCUUGCACCAAAUGUGUGCGAGUCCAGCUUCAACGACACAUCCUCGUUGGAUGCUCAAACGACACGUCCAACCACACAGGAGAGCAAUGAAGAAACUGGGACGCAGGACUCACAAAUAUCUUUUUCUCAAGCCGACUGCUGUUCUCCAAGUGAUGAGAAAGAUAAGUUGUACACUCAGUCUGUUGAUACUGAGAGCCUAACGAUGCACAGUGACGGUGACAGAGUUCACAAAAAUGAACUGGGAAAUUUGAAGACAAGGUUUCUGCUUGGCAGCCAAACAUCCAUCCAGCGUGAAGCACUGAUUAGCAAAUCGUCAUUGCUUUUCGAGCAUCCGGAAAUGGAUUUUUUUGUUGUUAGCCCAAAUUCGCCUCAGUGCUCGACAGAACCUUUGGCAUCCAUUUCUGUACAAACAGAAGAUAGCCUCAGUGAAACUCCAAGCAAGGAUGGUGAGCCAGGCACAUUGUUCCUGAUUGGUGGAGUUGAGGCGAACGAAAGCCCGUCAGAGUGUCCGAUUCUGAGUUACCACAUCAAAGGAAACAUUUGGAGCCAAACAAAAACGCUUCCAGUUCACCGCUAUGGCCACAAAGCUGUCUAUUUAGAUGGCUAUAUAUACAUCAUAGGUGGUUUUGAAAACUUCAGCCCAAUGAACCUUGAGAAAGCUUCAAGCCGAUCUUGCUUUUGGUUCGAGGUGAGCUCUGGCAGGUGGGGAAUCAUGGCCCCCUUGAACAACACAAGAGCGUACCAUGGCCUCGCGAUCUUGGACGAUAACAUUUACGUAGUCGGUGGAGUGGACAGUGCCAACAGGCUUUUGAGCUGCCUUGAACGCUACGACAAAGAGAACGAUGAGUGGACAAAGCUCAGUGGUGAGCUUUAUUCCCCGAGGAUGGCCAUGGGGUUCUGCAGCCACAAGCGACAGCUUUGGGUUGCCGGUGGCAUUGUACAAAUUGGCCGGAGGACGUGUUCCACUGCCUACGUGGAAGUCUACAAUCCUGAAACAGAAAAGUGGUCGUUCGCGGUGAACUUCCUGCCGUCGCCGCGGAGUUGCCUCACGCUGGUGGAGUGCGGUGGCGCCUUGUACGCCGUGGGCGGCCUUCUCAGCCACCGGACCGGCAGAAGACGCAUCUUCACCACGGUCGAGGACACGCUCAUGUUCGUGGAUGAGCGCAACACCUGGGUAAACCGCGCGCCCAUGCCCAACGCCCGACACAGCACCGUCGCCGUCGCUCACGACGGCGUGAUCUUCAUCAUCGGAGGCCGGCAAGCGGAGAGGCCCGACUUCCACUUUGACAACAUCUUGGCGUACGACACGAAGGCAAACAAGUGGAUCCUGCUCGGAAACCUGCCGAGGAGCUUGGUGGACUACCACUGCGUGCUGGCGCCGCCCGAAGAGAGCUCGGAAAGCUUACGAGAAAUCCUGACGAGCCGCGGCGAUCACAGGUCGACCAGCAAGGUGGCCGAAAAAUUCCGAGUUACAGCUCCGGACGUGAAGUCCUACUCACAGGGAGACAUUGCUGUUGUGCGGCAAUACACUUAGCACGCCCUCCCAAAGUGCGCGCCUAAAUUCUGCUCAUUAAACAAUUUGACCCAAG